CAUGUCUCGGGUGUUGGUGCCCUGUCAUGUGAAAAGUACUGUAGCCCUGCAAGUGGGCGACAUGAGGACCUCCCAAGGUCGGCCUGGCGUGCUGGUCGUCGAUGUCACCUUUCCUAACGUCGCGCCUUUUGAGUGACUUGUUUAUAAUUCCUAGUUGCACUUCCAUCUCAGCUGACAGUGACAGGGCACUGCUUGACCUCAACACAGGACAAAGCCUGGCUUAGCAUCCUGAGCCACCCGGCGACUGUGCCUCAUUCUCAUGGCCUUAUGCGCACUGUGCUGUAAUUUACAGGAGAUCACAUUUAAGAAUUACUACACAGCUUUCUUGAGCAUCCGUGUCCGUCACCAUACCCCACUGCACACGCCAUCCAAGUGGGUCACCUGUCUGCGGGACCACUGUUUGAUGCCUGACCCACACAGUGAAGAGGGAGCCCAGGAGUAUGUAUCACUCUUCAAGCACCAGAUGCUGUGUGACAUGAGCAGAGUACUAGAGCUGCGUCUGAUCCUGCGGCAGCCGUCACCACUAUGGCUGUCUUUCACAGUGGAGGAACUGCAGAUCUACCAGCAGGGACCAAAGAGCCCCUCCCUGACUUUCCCCAAGUGGCUUUCCCACCCAGUGUCCAAUGAACAGCCUGCUCCCCGCCUUGAGGGUCUCCCAGACCCCAGCAGAGUAUCCUCUGAGGUGCAGCAGAUGUGGGCGCUAACAGAGAUGAUUCGGGCGAGUCAUACUUCCACCAGGAUUGGCCGCUUUGAUGUGGAUGGCUGCUAUGAUCUGAACUUGCUCUCCUACACGUGAGCGGCAGCUUCUGCUUGAGACAUUGGUCUUCUGUGCCCGUCCAGGCGUGGUCUGGCCACCAGAGGCUGAAGUGCAUUGUUCCCUGUGCAUCCAAGCUCUAUCUGGCCAAAGGAAUUCUUGACAUUCACCUGGUUGUUUUAGCAUGAGUUCCUAGGGGGCACUUUCUGUCUUUGUCUGUCUGACAUGCAAAUUCUGUCUCUUCCUUUCAAAAUUCACAGGUUCUGCUUGGAAUCAUUGAGUUCCUCCUGUCUGUCUGGCCAGUAUGCACACCCCUGUCUUCUACCAUUUUCCCCAUUGUUGAGAUAAGCCUGAUCCAGGUAGCUCAGGAAGGCCUGCUGUUUUGACAUUCAUGACCUGGGAAGCUUGAGGAAGAGAUGCCCCCUAUUCAUUCCUCGGCUUCUGCUAGUGGCUUUUUUCCUUUUGUAUUACAUCCAUUAAAAAGAAAGUAUCCUAGAGCCUA